AUGUCUAAGGUGUGGGGAAACAAUGAUGAAGAUGCUGUCAAGAUGGCUGCAUUAUAUCUGAUACAUUAUGGAUUAUUAGGAGCAGAUAAUCGAAAAGUAGUAUCAGAACUUAUAUUACAAUUAGUAGAUGAUUGGGAUAGUUUCAAUAAAUAUCCGUGGGGGACUAUGGUUUGGACGUUGACUGCAGAAUCAAUGAGCCGAGCAAUAGAGAAACGAUAUGAAGAAGUUAUGAAUGAUCAUCGGGCAUACGAUCCAAAAAUUCCAGUGCAAUGUUAUGCAUUAAUGGGAUUUACAGUUGCAUUUCAGCUAUGGAUAUAUGAAACUCUCAAUAACUUAGGGGGUUUCGUAGCUUGCAAAUCUACAGAUAGAAUUCCUCGUAUGUUGAGAUGGAAGACACUUGAGAGACCAGGGUGGGAUCUUGUUAACUGCCUAUUCGAAACUUCUCAGGAUGUUGUCACUCCUGUCUUGAUUCCAUCUAUUGAGGAAAAGCAAUCUGAUUGGUUCAAAGAAGUUAUGGAUUAUAUGGGGUACACAGAAGAAUCUGAUGAUGAUCGUAUGCUUAUUCAAUCUAGUGAUGCAAUCCAAUCUUCUCACCCUACACGUCAAAGUAUAUCUGUACAUAGUCCAGCAAGGUCUGAAUGGACUCCACCACCAGUUACUAGGUCAGAGCAUCAAUCCACACAUCGAACAUCAAUGUCUCCUCGGCAAACUACAAGGAGAUCCCUUGGUGUUACACAUGCUGCAUCCACAUCUUCUACUGGAUAUGUUCGUAUUGAGGAAAUGUUACGUGGAUUCAUGGAAACAGUGGAAGAACGUUUUAGACACUUUGAAGAGCGACAAACAUCAAUUGAAACAAAAGUUUCUGAUAUGCAACGUAUGUUUUAUGCCACCCCCGGAGAUGAGGAUGAGUCAGCUGAGGUCAUUUUUGAGGUAGCACAGGAUGAUGAUGUUUGUCCACCUGAUUAUAAUGAGGUAGCUACUGAGUGUAGACCUACGGAAACACCACUUCAACCUCGGUCGAAUACCCGAAGGACAUUACGUGGAAGAAUUAUCAAGAAGGGGCGGGCACUACUCAGCCCUUUUACUGAUCCUAUGAGACCACGCCGGCCACGAGAAGGGAACCAACAAAUAAAUAUUAAUUUUGACCAAUGGUUUGAUAAUGCUGACAAUAACGACACUGCUUUGACUUAUUUGCAUGGGCCUUGUAAGAAGCUUGACUGGUGGGACCACAUUUGCACUGAAAACAAUUGGUUAACGGAUGAGCAUAUGGAUAAUUACUUAGUGAUGUUACGUCAUUCAUAUCCCACUGACAAUUGGACAUGUGUUGACACGUUUUGGGAUGGUUGGUUACCACGUAUUUUACAAGAUCGAGAAGUGGCUGAUGUUGACGACUUUUAA